AUGUCUAUCUUUCUGUACUUUGGUUCGUCUAAGAAAACUGACAAUGCCAGUAAACCACCACUUCCAGCCACUCAGUUACAACAGCAAUCACAUCAACAUGAUUUAAUUGGUCUGGGGUCAGCAAAUUCAGAUAUUUCUACUACCUUAAAUCAAUUAACUGAAAAUCAAUCAUCUCCAUUAAGGAUCAAGACCCUUGAAGUCAGUAAACCAUUCCAUGAAUCGGUAUCUCAAUUUAUAGAUUUACAUGAAAAUAGACUGAAAACAGCUGUUUUUGUUAUUGAUGGCGAAAAAGAUACUCAAGAAAGUAUAAUAUGUACUACUAAUGAUGCUGAUGGGGGUAAGACAUGUCUUAAAUUACAAAAGGCAUCGGUUGAAUUAUUCAAAACCAUGCAAAGAUUAGAAUACUUUUGUUCAUUACCAGACGAUAUUGAUGCUACUUAUUUUGAAUGUAGAAAGAUUAAAUAG